UUAAAGAGCAUUGAAGAAAAGUUAAACCGCGGGAGAAAUGACGGACAGAAAACUGCGGAGAAAGUCUGUAACUGUAACAUUUGCAGGAGAUGACGAUGUGCUGCAACACAUUGUUGACCCAAACAACAAGAAAGACCCAAAAGCAAAGUCACGAAGGAAGAGUUUCCCCCAGGCCAAACAAGCGCCCAUUAUUGAAGAAAUCAGCAGUGAGAGUGAUGAUGAAAACCUGCCUGUCAAAAAAUCCAUAGCCCUUGAAGAUGAAAGCCAGGUUUGUGGAGAUGAGGUUUACAUGUUCCGUACCCCGAAGAAGUCGGGCAAGAUGGCACAGCUAGCAUCAGAGACCCGCACACCCAAGUCCAUACUCAAGACACCCAAGUCAAAAGAAGGGACCCCAGGAAAAUCUGUUGGUUUUACGCCCUCCAAGGAAGAGCCUCAUACCCCUACAACCAGGAGCCUGCGACAGAAAAAGCCAGCUGCCUCUACACCGUACAGACUGCACAAAAGACAUGGAGCAGGCAAUUCAGAUUCAGAGGAAAGCCUUGACACAUCUGAUAGUGACAGUGAUGGGAGUGAUGACCAGCCCUUGUCCACCCUCACCACGCCGAAGGGAGCUACUCCAUCUACAAGCACCGCACCCAUCGCCCGUGCACCGCGGAGGAAAACAGAGGAAACUGACAUGAAAACAAGUGUGGAAGAUUAUUUUGACAUCCAUUCUUCCGAUGUGGGGCCGACCUCGGACGCCACUUUGGCCAAACUUGACCUACCUCAUCUAGACCAGAAGUCACUGACCACCCUACUGACCGGUGUUGAGUCCUCGCACCAGGCGGAGUGUAGGCAGCUGUACAAGGAACAUAGUGAGAUGUUUAGGACCUGGAUGUACCAAAUGUGCAAUGGAUUUAACAUUCUCCUGUAUGGGUUUGGCUCCAAGCGGAAUCUGAUGGAGGACUUCAGGAAUACCACGUUGAGCGGAUUCUCCCAGCUAGUCGUGAAUGGAUACUUCCCGAGUCUCUCUGUUAAACAUAUACUUAACUCCAUAACAGAAGACAUUCUUGACCACUCUGGAAGUUUUAAAAGCCCCCUGGAUCAGGUGGAGUUCAUAAAGACAGAAUUUGAAAAGUCUGGUGAUGAUUUCUUCCUGAUAAUCCACAACAUAGACGGUACGAUGUUGAGGAACGAGAAAACCCAGAAUGUUCUAUCCCUGCUCAGCCUGGUUCCCAGCAUCCACAUCAUAGCCUCGGUCGACCAUAUCAACUCCUCACUCAUCUGGGACCAGACUAAGUGUUGCAGAUUCCGGUGGUUAUGGUACGAUGCCACCACAUUCGCCCCCUACACUGAGGAAACAUCGUAUGAGAACUCAUUACUCGUGCAGCAGACGGGCGGACUGGCAAUGAGCUCACUCACGCACGUGAUGAAAUCUCUUACACCAAAUGCCAAGGGGAUCUUUCUUCUCCUUGCGAAAUACCAGAUGGAAAAUAAGGAUAAUGCUAACUAUAUUGGUAUGUCCCUUCAUGACCUGUACCAGCGGUGUCGGGAGAGUUUCCUGGUCAACAGUGACCUCACUUUGCAAGCACAACUCACAGAAUUUAGGGAUCACAAGAUGAUCAGGUCCAAAAAGAGCUUUGACGGUGUGGAACAUCUAGCGAUUCCUAUAGAUGAGGGUACACUGAAAGAGUUCAUUGAAGAACAAUGAGACUGACCACUCACUGGACAAUAACUUUAUGGCCAGAACUGACCACACACUGGACAUUAACUAACAUUGCCACAACUGACCACUCUCUGGACAAUAACUUCAUGGCAACAGCUGACCACUCACUGGACAAUAACUUUAUGGUCAGAACUGACCACAUACUGGACAUUAACUAACAUUGCCAUAACUGACCACUCACUGGACAAUAACUACAUUGCCACAACUGACCUCUCAUAGGGCAAAGAGUAACAUUGUCACAUGGUACAUUAAGGUCAUGAUGUGUGUAGGACAGCCAACACUCAUCAUCAGAGACAAACACCAGCCAAAAUCCCCCAUUAUUUUUGGCUGACAAAAUCUCCCUGAAUGAUUUUCAACUUUCUUUACCAUUUUUUAAAGGUUAUUUACCAAAAUAUAUUGUAUAAGUUGUUUAACUUUGAUUUCUUUACAUAAUCUUAACAACGUUUUACUCCAAAACAAUAUGAAAAAUAGUUCAAAUGCAUUGGGGGAAUUUGUUUGCUGUAUACAAAAUUUGGUGGGAUUUUUUUUCCAGAGGGGAUUUUGUCGGUUCAUGCAUAAUUUGGUACAGGAGGAUUUUGUCUGGUGGCAUUUUGAACACUCCAUUAUCACUGGUUGCUGACCAGGCAAAUGCAAGAAUAAGCAUUCAUGUAGUUCAGGGGAUAUAUCUUUUGUCUUUACUAAAGAAGUUAAGAAUUUAUUUGUAUGAAAAAACUGUUUGUUUGAUGAUUAUAUGUCUAGUUAGCAAGAUAAAUCUGAAUAAACCAUGUAUCAUAAUUUCUGAUAAAACAAUCUUCUCGACAAGUUAUAAUCAGAUUGAGUGUUUAAUGGAUUACUGGUAAUUUAAUGGAACAAUGUUAACAUUUCGUAUGUGUAUUUAUAAGUCACCAAUUGUGUUCAUUUUAUGAUUUACAUACUCAAGUGUUCUAAUACAUGUUGCCAUGUCUAUUUAUUGCAAUAGUUUGUUUGUAUUUUGUACAUCAAUCAAUUUCAUAUGAAUGCAUUAAUUUGUACUGUUUUCAUUAUAAUUUGUUAAUAAAAUGAA